AUGACUGUUAAAGACGGUACCUAUUUUGACUUUAUUGUCGUCGGUGGUGGUACAGCAGGCAAUAUCGUCGCCUGUCGCCUUGCAGAAAAUCCCAACGCCAGAAUUCUCGUCGUCGAAGCUGGCAUCGGAACCUCCAAGGACAAUGAGGAGAUUCGGAUCCCCCGCCAGUAUGAUUGGGCCUACAAGACUACCAUGGUGAAGCGCGACGACUACGAGCGCAUUGAGAAGCCUAACACUCGUGGAAAGGCUCUUGGCGGUAGCUCGUCCUUGAAUUACUUCUCUUGGGUUCCCGGUUCAAAGGCUACCUUUGAUAUGUGGGAGGAGUACGGCGGGAAAGAGUGGACUUGGGAUCCUCUCGUCCCUUAUCUCCGAAAGAGUGUCACCUAUCACGACGAUGCUGGUCUAUAUCCUCCAGAGCUCAAGAAAAUUGGCUCAGGUGGUCCGAUUCCGAUUGCCCAUGCUGAACUCAUGCCGGAAAUGAAGGGCUUCCGUGAUCUUCUCUCUAAGGCUUGGAAAUCCACUGGUGAGCCUAUUUCAGAAAACAUUUUUGAUGGUGAGAUGCGGGGCCUAGUUCAUAGUGUCAAUACUAUCUACAAGGGUCGGCGCUCCGGAAGUUUUCUGGCAGUCGUGGAUAAGCCAAACAUUACCAUACUUCCCGAGGUUCACUCGAAACGGCUUAUCAUCGACGAUGCUGAUCGCACUGCUAAGGGUGUUACUGUGAUCACCGCCUCUGGGCAAGAGCUGAAUCUCUAUGCUUCUCGUGAAGUUAUCGUCUCUCAGGGUGUCUUCGAAACCCCUAAGCUUCUGAUGCUCAGCGGCAUAGGGCCGGCACCAGAGCUGACCAAGCACAACAUCCCAGUGAUUGUUGACUCCCGCCAUGUUGGUCAGCAUCUUUUAGAUCACCCUGGCGUUCCCUUUGUUCUUCGUCUUAAAGAUGAGUUCUCAAUGGAUAGCCAUGUCUUGAGAAAGGGUCCACUGCAAAAUAAGGUUCUAGAAUCUUAUUCCAAGGGACAUCUCGGCGCUAUGGGGUCACCUUUCCUCGAAUUGAUUGGUUUCCCUCGCAUCGACAAAUACCUUGAAAAGUCGCCUGAGUACAUCAAGGCAAAAGCUGCCAACAGUGGACUCGAUCCUUUCUGUCCCUAUGGCCAGCCCCAUUUCGAGCUUGAUUUCAUCCCUCUGUUUGGUAGUGCCUUCCAGUGGCAUUUCCCGCAUCCAAACAAAGGCAGUUAUAUGACAGUUAUGGUGGAUCUUGUUCGUCCUGUCUCCGAGGGUGGUGAGGUUACCCUCAAUAGCGCGGAUCCUCUGGAGCAACCUAACAUCAACUUGAACUAUUUCCAAGAUGACCUUGAUAUCAUUGCCAUCCGUGAGGGUAUCAGAUUUGCAUAUGAUGUUCUCAAGAAUGGUGAAGGAUUUAAGGACAUCGUUCUGGAUGAGUAUCCUUGGGAUAUGCCUCUUCACGACGACGACGCGAUGAAAAGAACUGUGUUGGAUCGCUCUCAGACCUCUUUCCAUCCUUGCGGUACAGCCCGUCUCUCCAAAAAUAUCCAGCAAGGUGUGGUGGAUGCGGGCCUGAAGGUACAUGGAAUCAAGAACCUGCGGGUUAUUGAUGCCUCUGUUAUCCCUGUUAUUCCUGACUGUCGCAUUCAGAACUCAGUCUAUAUGGUGGCAGAGAAGGGCGCCGAUGCUAUCAAGGGUGACCAUGGAGACCUCUACCACUAG